AGCUAGUCCUAAUCCCUUUUGCAGGUGGAAGGUCUUGCCUUCAAUUUGUAAAAAACGCAGCAUCUGUGAAGUGCAGUAAAGCUAGAAGCACAGUACAACCAGAUUCUGAAAAAUGGCUGAUAAUUUGGAUAAAUUUAUUGAAGAGCGCAAAGCCAAAUUGGCCCAAGAAAAAGCAGAAUUGGAAAGUGAUCCGCCUUACAUGGAAAUGAAGGGAAAGGCAUCAGAGAAGCUUUCUGAAAACAGUAAAAUAUUAAUCUCCAUGGCUAAGGAAAACAUACCACCAAACAGCCAACAGACCAAGGGUUCCUUAGGAUAUUGUAUUGAAAUUAAGAUUGUUUUGAAAAUAAGCUACAUUACUUUAAGAAGUUGUUUUCUUUCUAGGACUUGA